AUGGCCAUUGGAAAGCAAAACAUCUUGAGAUCUGGCUUCAAGUGGCUCUUCCUAGUGACUUUGGUGCUAGGCUGUGAUGGACAAGGUGGCCAAAGAGAGAGCGGAGGUCCUGCCUGCUAUGGAGGGUUCGAUCUGUAUUUCAUUCUGGACAAAUCAGGAAGUGUCCUGCACCACUGGAAUGAGAUCUAUCACUUUGUGGAGCACUUGGCCCACAAGUUCAUCAGCCCUCAGCUGAGGAUGUCCUUCAUUGUCUUUUCCACUCGAGGGACAAUCCUGAUGAGGUUGACAGAAGACAGGGAACAGAUCCGGCAGGGUCUGGAAGAGCUGCAGAAAGUCCUUCCAGGAGGCGACACCUACAUGCAUGAAGGAUUUGAAAGGGCAAGCGAACAGAUUUACUAUGAAAAUGUUCACGGUUACAGGACUGCAAGUGUCAUCAUUGCACUGACAGAUGGAGAGCUCCAUGAGGACCUCUUUUUCUACUCUGAGAGGGAGGCGAAUCGGUCGCGGGACCUGGGAGCCACAGUGUACUGUGUUGGUGUGAAAGACUUCAAUGAGACUCAGCUGGCUAGAAUUGCUGACAGCAAGGAUCAUGUCUUCCCAGUGAACGAUGGCUUCGAAGCCCUCCAGGGGAUCAUCGACUCUAUCUUGAAGAAAUCCUGCAUAGAAAUUCUGGCAGCAGAGCCUUCCAGUAUAUGUGCAGGAGAGUCCUUCCAGGUGGUGGUGAGAGGCAAUGGAUUUCGCCAUGCCCGCAACGUGAACAGAGUGCUCUGCAGCUUCAGGAUCAACGACAGCCUCACCCUCAAUGAGAAGCCUUUUGUGGUAGAAGACACCUACCUGCUGUGCCCAGCUCCCGUGCUGCAAGACGUUGGCAUGGAAGCAGCUCUCCAAGUCAGCAUGAACGAUGGUCUGAGCUUCAUCUCCAGCUCUGUCAUCAUCUCCAGCACACACUGUUCAGAUGGGACCAUCCUGGCUAUUGCUUUGUUGAUCCUCUUCCUCCUGCUGGCUCUGGCUCUGCUCUGGUGGUUCUGGCCCCUGUGCUGCACAGUGAUCAUCAAAGAGCCUCCCCCACCUCCUGCAGAAGACAGUGAGGAGGAAGAUGAUGAUGGCCUUCCAAAGAAGAAGUGGCCAACAGUAGAUGCCUCUUAUUAUGGUUGUGUGGGAAUGGAGAUGGUCCCAAGGCUGAGGAUGGCCAACGGCAGCGGAGGGUGGCUGUCACCAGUGGAGGGUGACCAUCACCAGUGGAGGGUGACCAUCCCCAUGGCCAUCACCAGUGGAGGGUGA